AUGACUUAUCAGAACACCUUGAAACUUCUGUCCACCACAGAAAGGAUUGUCCCCAACUUCAAAUGUGACAAGAAAAGAAAUAUGAUAGCUGUUAUUGGAGCACUUGACUCUGACAUCUCCCUUCACAUGACUACAAUCUUAGGCAUCUACAAGAUCCCACAGCUUCCCUCUUUCCUGAGGAGCAUCUCCUUCAACAACAGUGCUGGGGACUUUGUGUCUUUUGAUGAGAAUGGGGAAUUGGCAGCUGGAUUUGACGUUAUUAACUGGGUUACUUUCCCCAACCAAACCUUCUCACGAGUGAAAGUAGGAAAGAUAGAAUCACAGGAAUUGCACUAUUCCUACUUCAGCAUGGAUGAAGAAGCCAUCACAUGGCACAAAGCAUUCAAUCAGGUGCUGCCCCUUGGUUUGUGCAAUGAUCGGUGCCAGCCAGGCUACAGCCGGAAAAAGAAGGAGGGGCGGCCAUUUUGUUGCUAUGACUGUGCUUCAUGUCCAGAUGGGAUGAUUUCAAAUCAAACAGAUACAGAUAAUUGUUUCAAAUGCCAAGAAGGACAAUUUCCAAACCACAACAGAGAUCAAUGCAUUCCCAAGAGGCAAAAUUUCCUUUCCUACGCAGAGCCUUUGGGAUUCACAUUAGCUGCCUUGGCUCUGCUCUUUGCUCUGGUCACAGCCUUGGUCCUUGGCGUCUUCUCUAAGAACGGGGACACUCCCAUUGUCAAAGCCAACAACCGGGACCUCACCUACACUCUGCUCCUUGCCCUCUUGCUCUGCUUCCUCUGCUCCUUGCUCUUCAUUGGCCAGCCUCACCCAGUGAGCUGCUCUUUACGGCAAACGGCCUUUGGCAUCAUCUUCUCCAUUGCGGUGUCUUGUGUCUUGGCCAAAACCAUCACGGUGGUUCUGGCCUUCAUGGCCACCAAACCAGGAUCCAGGAUGAGGAAAUGGGUGGGGAAAUCUCUGGCCAACUCUGUUCUUCUGGGUUGCUGCUCACUUCAAGCCAGUAUUUGUGCUGCUUGGCUCUGUACGGCUCCUCCCUUCCCAGAUGUGGACAUGAACUCUCUGGCGGAGGAAAUCAUUGUGGAAUGCAACGAAGGCUCUGUCCCCAUGUUUUAUUGUGUCCUGGGGUACCUGGGAUUCCUGGCCAGUGUCAGCUUCACUGUGGCUUUCCUGGCCAGGAAGUUGCCCGACAGUUUCAACGAAGCCAAGUUCAUCACUUUCAGCAUGUUGGUGUUCUGCAGCGUUUGGCUGUCCUUUGUUCCCUCUUAUCUGAGCACCAAAGGAAAACAGAUGGUGGCUGUGGAGAUCUUCUGCAUCUUGGCCUCCAGUGCAGGCCUGCUUGCUUGCAUCUUCUCCCCAAAGUGUACAUAA